AUGCUACAAAGGUUUGGACUGAAUAUAAGAAAUUUAGUGCAUAAUCCAAUUGUUCCUGAUGUUAAACUCGCAAAAUAUGACUCUAGUGUGAAGGUUGAUAAGACCUACUAUAGAAAAAUUAUAGGAAGGCUUAUGUAUUUAACAUCCUCUCGACCUGAUUUGUUGCUUGUGGUGAAUCUAAUUAGCAGGUAUAUAGAGAAUCCUAUUGAAUUGCAUUUACAAGUGGCCAAAAGGGUGAUGAGAUAUUUAAGAGGAACAACUGAGUUUGGAACUUUCUACAUAAAUGAAGGAAACAUUGAGCUUGUCACUUACAUUGACAACGAUUAUGCAGGGGACUUAGAUGAUAAGAAUAGUACUUUGGGUUAUAUUUUCUUGUUAAGUUCAGGUGAUGUUUCUUGGUCAUCGAAGAAACAACCUAUUAUGAGUCUAUCAACCAUAAAAUCAGAGUUUAUAGGUGCAACUUCAUGUGCAUGUCAAGCCACAUGGCUGAAAAGAGUGUUGGAAAGUGUUUAA